AUGGACGAGCAACAUCUUGCACCUCUUUCUGCUGAUGAAGAUUCACGUUUUGACGGUUAUAGUAGUUCUGAUGAUGCAAGUGUUGAAGUUACUUCAACCAUUGACGAAUGUGAAAAUGAAUUAGUACGUUUAUCAACAUAUCUUCAAUUGGAAUCUGAAUUCGACAAUGAUGAUGAUCGAGCUUUUGAAUGGCCUGAACCACCACCAACAUUACUUUCUUCACGCUCAUCUGAUAUUGAAGAAUUAGCUGAUUCUCAACAGGUGGUAUUGUCCACAACGUCAUUUAAUAAUGGUGAUGCUCAAGAAAAAUCUAAGAAAUGUAAACGAUGUCAAUGGUCAAUACUAGAAAAGCUUGAUGCUAUCGCACUAUUUGAUAAAAAUCAAAGUAAACGUGGUAAACGAAAACGAUUAGAAGGUGGUGAUAAAAAAGUCGUUUAUGCUGAUCUUGAUAGUCGACUUUUUACCUGGUAUCGGUCACGAAGAACCGAUCCUAAUGAUCAAUCUCAAUUAAAUCAUUCUUCACCAGUAUCAAGUUGGUAUUUACGUUUUUUGAGGCGUAAUGGUUUAUCAUUACAACGACCGAAGAGACAAGAUAAAGUACCACUUGAUGAAGUUGAUCGUUUAGCUAAUUCUUUUUAUAUGUUCAAUCGUCGUGCAAGUUCAUGGUCAAUUCGACGUGGUCGGAUGGGUGCAUUUAUUUCGGAAGACAUUUGCAAUAUGGAUGAAUCUCCAUUAGCGCUUUUUGGUGAUCAAGCUAAAAGGUCUGUUAAUGAUAUUGGUACAAGUGAUAAACGAAAACGAUUAGAAGGUGGUGGUAAAAAAGUCGUUUAUGCUGACCUUGAUAGUCGACUUUUUACCUGGUGUCGGUUACGAAGAACCGAUCCUAAUGAUCAAUCUCGUGCUGCACCUGAUAUACAAAGAGAAAGAAUAACUCUUCGUCAUUUGGAAAAAGAAGGUCGUCGAAUUGCUAAAGAAUUAAAUCAUUCUUCACCAGUAUCAAAUUGGUAUUUACGUGUUUUGAAGCGUAAUGGUUUAUUAUUACAACGACCCAAGAGACAAGAUAAAGUACCACUUGAUGAAGUUCAUCGUUUAGCUAAUUCUUUUUAUAUGUUCAAUCGUCGUGCAAGUUCAUGGUCCAUUCGACAUGGUCCGAUGGGUGCAUUUAUUUCUGAAGACAUUUGCAAUAUGAAUGAAUCUCCAUUAGCGCUUUUUGGUGAUCAAGCUAAAAGGUCUGUUAAUGAUAUUGGUACAAGUAAUGAAAUCAAUGGGUACAUUAGCAACAAGGUAGAUAUCAUGUAG